CGGAAGCCAUGUUUAUUUCUCAGGAAGAGGCAGAGUGGUAGAGAGGUGUGCUGAAUUCACAGUUGGUGUCAAAAUGAGCUCCAUUGGAACCGGAUACGACCUGUCUGCCUCCACUUUCUCUCCGGAUGGCCGCGUGUUUCAAGUGGAGUACGCCAUGAAGGCUGUAGAGAACAGCAGCACCGCCAUCGGGAUCCGCUGUAAGGACGGCGUGGUGUUCGGGGUGGAGAAACUGGUCCUGUCCAAACUCUACGAGGAGGGCUCUAAUAAGCGCAUCUUUAACAUUGACAGACACGUUGGCAUGGCGGUGGCGGGCCUGUUGGCGGACGCUCGCUCCCUGGCCGAGGUAGCCAGAGAAGAAGCUUCCAACUUCAGAUCAAACUACGGACACGACAUUCCUCUGAAGCACCUGUCAGACAGAGUGGCCAUGUACGUCCACGCUUACACGCUGUACAGCGCCGUGAGGCCGUUCGGCUGCAGUUUCAUCCUGGGCUCCUACGACAAAGACGACGGUCCGCAGCUCUACAUGGUCGACCCGUCCGGCAUCUCUCACGGUUACUGGGGUUGUGCCAUCGGAAAAGCCAAACAAGCUGCUAAGACGGAGAUCGAGAAGCUGCAGAUGAAAGACAUGACGUGCAGAGAGCUGGUCAAAGAAGUCGCCAAAAUAAUCUACAUCGUCCACGAUGAGGUGAAGGACAAAGCGUUUGAGCUGGAGCUCAGCUGGGUGGGAGAAGUGACAAACGGACGACAUGAGUUGGUUCCCAAAGACAUCAAGGAGGAAGCAGAGAAAUACGCUAAGGAUUCUCUAGAGGAGGAGGAUGACUCCGAUGAAGACAACAUGUAAAAUGCAGCGCCGCGUUUGUUCCUCUUCAUCACAUCCUGCUGCUCGGACACAUCUCAGCUAUUUUUAUAUUGUUUAUGAGCUUUCAUGUCUGGUUUUGCAUUCUUCUUGAUUUUGACUUUAAAUAAAGAAACUAAACGGA